AUGCCGCGUCCAACCAAGACGUAUCACCAAACGACGUACGACCGCAUUGCCAAACAGCACGGCUUCCGCGGUGCGGGAAAGACGAUACUCGUCACAGGUGGCUCUUCGGGCGUGGGAUUCAGCAUUAGCAAGGCCUUUGCGGCAGCCGGGGCCGCACGUAUUGCCAUUGUCUCGCGCUCGCCCCGGCCGCAGGAACGAGCCAAAGCCGAGCUUGAGGCCAGCUUUCCCCACACGCUCAUUUCAACCUACGCCACCUCUGUAACAGACAGCACGCGCAUGGCUGGGAUUCUGCGUGAUCUUGGCAGGGUCGACGUGCUGGUUCUCGGCGCCGCCGUGCUGCACCGCCGCGCGGCAUCCACCGACAUCACGGCCGAGGAGGUGCAAGAGGCCUUCGACACCAACGUCGUCGCCGCCUUCAACCUCAUCAAGGCCUAUCUUGCUUUGCCAACCCGGGUAGGCCAGGGAGACAAGACCGUCAUCAACAUAUCGUCGGCGGCCGCACAGGUGCAAAGCACGCGCCGCGUCGGGUAUGGGUCCAGCAAGGCCGCCCUGGCCAUGGUCAUGCAGCACUUUGCCGUGGAGCAGGCUCAGCAAAGCAAGACAGAGGGCGAGGGCAAUGUGCGCCUCUUCUCGUUCCAUCCGGGCACCUUUUACACACCUUCGGUGGCCGAGCACUACGCUCGCGACGAGAUCAAGUGGGACGACCUGGACCUCCCGGCGCACUUUGCAUUGUGGCUGGCCGGGCCUGAGAGCAGCUUCCUGCAUGGGCGCUUUGUGUGGGCGAACUGGGAUGUGGAUGAGCUGAUUGCGUUGAAGGAGCGGCUGAUGGAGGAUCAGAGGUUGUUGACUUUUGGGCUGGUGCUUUAA